GCCGCGGGAAAUGUGUGGGGGCGUGCAUGUGCUAGGGCCCAAAUGAGUGUAAUUUCUGCUUCAUUAUGACCGGGUUGAGUCAUAAGUGAUCAACGCCGAUACAUCGCGUUUGUUAAAAUAACUGGUAACGAGAGUAUGGCUCAAAUAUUUAGUUCAAUUAGGUACUUCACCACCGGCAGAUUAUCUCCGAAGGUUGAAGAACAGUUGGAAAAUGGUGGUGCCAAGAGAGAGACAUACUUCACAGACUACACAACUCACCUCAUUGUUGGAGAGUUACCAGAUGAAGAUGUCAUUAAUGAAGCACAUGACCUCUAUGAGCGGCCUGCUCUCAGGGCAGUCUGGGUCACACUCUCCGCAGCUGCUGGAAAACUGCUUCCGACGGCUGCCUUCAGCCAUGCGCCGGGUCAGGUGUUUCGCGGGGUGCGCGUCUGCUGCAGCCGGCUGGAGCCCGACGACGUGCGCACCGUGUGGGCGCUAGUCACCUUCCACGGUGGCGCCUUCCAGCGCCGGCUGGACGCGCGCUGCACCCAUCUGGUGGUCGGCAAACCGGAGGGCGCCAUGUACGAGCGGUGUCUGCAGCCGGCGGGGCCGGUGCCGGUGACGCCUGACUGGGAGGAGGACCGCCGGCCUAGCGGCGAGCAGGAGAAGCAGCAGCUGCUGGCGCGACUCAAGCAGAACCUGCCCUGGAAUCAGCCCGACAAGGUGGAAACGGGCGAGGCGCGGACGCGGGGCCAGGGAGCGUUGGUGUGGUGGCGGGAGAUGGGACUGGGUUGGUGCGGCACCGGAUCCGGUCACCGCUACAGUCGACGCUCCAGCGUCCUCAGCAGCAGCAGCAGCACCUGA